GUUUAGGCGUCUUCUAAUAUGGCGGUGCUGUGUGCUCAGGGAUAGCUGACGAAGAUGUCACAUCGACAUGCUCGACCGGAACACGGCAUUGCUGCGUCCCUCCCCUGUACAGGAGUAUACAGAUAUCAGGUGAGCAUGGUGCUACCUUUUCCCCUAUAUGCGGCUAAGGGGCACUGCAUAGAGUAUGCAAUGUUAACCCCUUCCCGCCAACGGCCAGCGCCGGGGGUUGCACCUUGGGUCCAGGUCCCCCUAUCUUCCCUGCUUGUCCUGCUGUCUCAGCCUGAAGUAAUGCAGCUGACCAUAGCUGGCUGAAGACAUCUUAGGAUACAGAGAAAUGGAGGUCAGUGGGCUACAAUGUGACACAAUGGCACACCCCACAGAGUUGCUUAUCACUUGCACUAAUGCAGAUACCCAAUUGGGAGAGUCUGAACUGGAACUUGAGGAUGCCUCACAGCAGCAGAUCUCAGCCCUUACUGAACAAUAUCACUUUAUAGAUCAAGAUGGGAAUGCCAUCCGUUGUGAAAUUCAGGCAUUGCCUGGCACUAGUCCUCAGAUGAUGAUUCUGGCAAGUGAAUCGGAGAAUGGACAAGUGUUCCAUGUCAAUGUCAUUCCCUCCAACCAAACGACAACAGCCCAGUUUCUUAUUCCUCAAGAUCCUGUAGAACACAGUCAGACAAGAGAGACUCUGCAGACUGUACAGAAUAUCUCAGGAAAUGCUGUGCCCGAAAACACAGGCAGCUUAAUCAUUCACUCUAGCACUGCACUCGAUGUAUCUAAAAAAUCAGCUGCCAGGUUAUCUGUAGAACAGUUCCCAAAACCACUUCCUUCUAACCUUCCUGUUUGGGCACGCCGUCUUAGGAGUUGUGAGAAAAUUGGAGAUUCUUAUCGUGGAUACUGUCUGAGUGAGGCUGAACUAAUGAAUAUUUUAGGUCUUCACAAGCAACAUACAAUGAGCGUGUGGGGGACGCGACAGUCUCCAAGCCCAGCCAAGCCAGCCACUCGGCUAAUGUGGAAGUCACAGUAUGUCCCAUAUGAUGGAAUCCCCUUUAUUAAUGCAGGAAGCAGAGCAAUUGUGAUGGAAUGUCAGUAUGGACCAAGAAGAAAAGGAUCACAGCCCAAGAAAAGUGGAGAGAUUGACAGCACAACUGGGCAGAUGUAUAAAGCAACAUGUCCAGCAAGGAUAUAUAUCAAAAAGGUGAAGAAAUUUCCUUCUUAUCGAGUUCCUACAGAUCCGAAGAUUGACAAGAAGUUGAUUAAACUGGAACAAGAAAAAGCAUUUAACUUAUUAAAAAAGGAUUUAGAAACAAUUGAGGGUGUGUUAAGAUGGUAUGUCCAGCUACCUGAUCAGGAAGCGCAUCAGUAUCACAACCUGGAUUCAGGUUGUUUCUCGUCUUCACCCACUUCAUUUCAGCCACCUAAUGAGGAAGAGGAUGAGAUGAUUUGUGAGGAGAGUUCUACCCUUUCUUCUCGUCUGCAUCCUUGUGUGUCUGAUAAAAUCCGGGAACUGGUUGCCAAAGGCAUUGAUGAGGUUUAUUCUGUCAGGAAACAGCUAAGAAAAUUUGUGGAGCGAGAGCUCUUCAAACCAGAUGAAAUUCCAGAGCGACAUAAUUUGUCCUACUUCCCAACAGUAAAUGACCUGAAGAAUCACAUCCAUGAAGCACAAAAAGCCCUAGGAAAUGGAGAGCUCAUCUAUGAACAGGAAACUAUUCCAAGAGCACUUCAGUGGAGUACUGAGAGUGGGAGUGUUCUCAAUGAAAUGGUUACAGUGACAUUCGAAUCUUCAUCUCAUGAAGAACAAGAGUCUUUGAUAAAAGUGCAAAACUGUUCGAAUGAAGAUGACUGUCAAGAUACAGCACAGCUGCUGUCUUCAUUAACCUCUCUACAGCCCAAAAUCUUUGCACAGCUUCAGAGUCUCCAGCUGCAGCCAACUUUUACAUCACCUGAUGGGACAACUGCCCUGAUUGCGGUGAACCAGCCAUCUCCUACAUUCACGUCAGAUGAGACCUCAGCCCUGAUGACCGUGAACUCACAAAUGCCAUCCUUUAAUUCUGAUGGCACCACAGCACUUAUCACAGUCAACCACCCUCCCCCAUCUUUUACAACUUCUGAAGGGACAACAGCACUUAUUGCAGUGAAUCGCGAGUCCCCAUCCUUCACAUCUUCUGAUGGAACAACCUCUCUUAUUACAGUCAGCCAACCAGGAAUGUUAAAUGCUGGAACAAGUAAUCAGCCUCUUGUGCUUAGUCAUUUGCAGAGCCAACAGAAUGACUCCUCUGCAUCCGCAGUCACUGCUUUAUCUCCCUCUGGUCACAAUCACCUUGUCAGCAUGGGGCAGCUGGUGACUGUGGAAGAUCCAACAUCUAGCGUGUCUGGAGAGGUGCAUCAGAUUCUGCUUGGGGAACUGCACCCUAUUCCUAUUAGGAUUUUAGACAACCAGCCAACCAUUGUUGAAGUUGGUUCUAUUGAUGAAUUUUGUACUGUGCAAGAUCAAGACAGCCCAAGAGAGUCAACAGAUUCCCAAUCGCAUACUGAAGAAACAGGAUCCACAGACUGUCAGGACCCGGCUUGAAUUGCAAAUUAAUCAAAUUACAAGUUUUAUAUUCAGCCUCAUAUUGAGGAAAACAACCACAUAUUCAAUAAAGACUGUUUAUCCAACAUUUGGAUCUCUUCCAACUGUUUUAAAUGUUGCAAACAAUUUCUCCUGAGACAGCGUUAGAAAAUGAAAAGAUUAAGGCAACACAGCAGCAUAAAUCUAAUGCCCAUGUACAGAGAUUUUGAUGCUAGGCUUUGUAUACACUGACCAUAUAACCCUCCCUUCAAGACUGGAACUGAUCAGACUGACAGUUUAACACAGCAUUCCUACUCUUCUGUCUGUAAAUUGCAAGUCUUAUUACUUAUUCCAUAUAAUCUGCUGUGUCACAAAGCAGAUCUGGCUGCAGUUAAAGUGAAUCUUUCUGCGGCAAUUCACGUUCCAAACUGCUGACACUGUUAGAUAGGUGUUAGGACAAGGAGACACCCAUUACAUUUCAUAUAUCUUUCUGUGCUUCUAUAACAUAGGAAAAAUGCUUUUAUUCCCUGUUUAAAUAGUCAAAGAGAUGUUCUCAAGCCCCUGCUAUAACACCUUCUUGCUCCACCUCCCAUCUCUGUCCCUGCUUGAUUGAAAGCUUGAAACCGAGCCCUGUUCCCAAAUCCUUACAACUGCGCACUAUUUUAAUGCACAGUGCAGAAAUUUUUUUUAAAACAGGGCUUGGCUUCAAGAUGGCUGUCAUCUAGAGACAGAAAUGGGAGGAGAUGCGAGGAGAUGUUUCAGACCCCAGCACUUCGGGGGCUUGGGAAUGCCUCUUUGACACUUGGCACCAGAGAAUAAAAACAUUGUUCGACUUUAUGGAAGCACAGACAGAUAUAUGUAAGGUACCAAGUGUCUUCUUGCCCUAACAGCUAUCUAACAAUGUCAACAGUUCGGAACAUUAAAUACAGUUUACAGAUUCUCUCAAGUAUACCUCUUCCCCCUCUGGAUGAUAAUCUAGACCUAUGUAUGUUAAUGUGUUUUGUAAGUUACAGAUUGCAAGAGAACUUCAUAGAAAUAAACAAGGAUGCUAAUCUUGACUAUCUCUGCAUUGAAAUAAAAUUUUACCCACC